AUGAACGCAGCGCCCAAGCACAUUGACCACUAUUGCAGGACCUACAUGUGCCUCUACCCCUCCGCUAGGAUUAUUCUAGCAACUACGAACACCAAAGAAUUUCUCUUCCAAUCCGAGGCCCGCCGGCGUACGGAUGUCAAGGAAGCUGUGAGCGCUAUCCUGGCCCCGGGUCAAGCCAACGAGAGGCUCUUCGUGCAUGCGCUAAGCAAUGGAGGUACGAAGCGCAUGUACGCAGUCGCUGGAACCUAUCAAGCCCUGACAGGAAAAGCUCUGCCUGCCAAAGCCUUUCUCCUUGAUUCCGCUCCAGGGAUACCACAGUUUCGUCGCGAUAUGCAUGCCCUUGCUGUGCCUGUCGUUAAAUGGCCUCUGUACUUAUGGCUACCGUAUAUGGCUGUGUCACUAGAAAUUGUCUUGGUGGUGUUCGUGACGGUGAAUUGGAUGCCGAAAUGGAACUUCGUGCCUAUGGAUUGUGCGAGGGGCUAUAUCUAUAGCAAAGAGGAUCUGGCUAUAGACUGGAAGGACAUUGAGAAGCAUGCUACGGUUGCGGAGAACAAGGGGUAUACAGUGGUGAAGAAGUUAGUCGAGGGAGCUGAACACGUGCAGUUGUUUAAGGGGAAUGGUGGGGAAAAGGGGUAUUGGGAUUUUGUGGAGAGACUUUGGGGAAUGGCUAUGGCAGAUCGUGAGGCACAACCCGAAACCCUGUGA